CGAGCGGCGCUUGCGCGGCGAAGGGGAGCGCACACCUUUGCACGGCGCUUGGGAUGCUGCGCGCCGCGCUGGGAGGAAGGAGCCGCCGGUUUGGCGGCGCUGGGCUAUGGAAGAGACCCUGCCCUUCGGCUGCCGGUUGCCCCAGAGCCCGGGGCUCGGCGCCCCCUGGCAGCGGGGCGCGGGGUGGAGGCGCUGCCCCGGCAGGUGCUAGUAAUGUAAAGCCAUUGGAUGGUGUGAAAAUACUUGAUUUAACAAGGGUGCUUGCAGGGCCCUUUGCAACAAUGAAUUUAGGAGAUCUAGGGGCUGAAGUUAUCAAGGUGGAAAGACUAGGAGCUGGUGAUGAUACAAGAGCCUGGGGCCCACCUUUUGCUGGAACAGAAAGUCUUUAUUUCCUCAGUGUCAAUAGAAAUAAAAAGAGUAUAGCAAUCAACAUGAAGGAUUCAAAAGGAGCAAAGCUAGUUAGAGAGCUUGCUGCGGUGUCUGAUGUUUUUGUGGAAAACUAUAUCCCUGGGAAGCUGGCGGAAAUGGGUCUGGGUUAUGAAGACAUUAAAAAGAUUGCUCCUCACAUAGUGUACUGUUCAAUAACAGGUUAUGGUCAGACUGGUCCAAUGGUUCGGAGAGGUGGAUACGACUCCAUUGCAGCUGCUGUUUCUGGUCUCAUGCAUAUCACAGGGCACGAGGAUGGUGAGCCAGUUAGACCAGGGGUAGCCAUGACUGAUCUUGCUACUGGGUUGUAUACCUAUGGAGCAAUUAUGGCUGGUUUACUUCAGAGAUAUAAGACGGGGAAAGGACUGCACAUUGACUGCAACCUCUUGUCAUCUCAGGUUGCAUGUCUCACUCAUGUAGCAGCUAAUUACCUUAACUGCAAAAUCGAAGCAAAACGCUGGGGUACUGCUCAUGGGAGUAUUGUUCCAUAUCAGGCUUUUAAGACCAAGGAUGGCUACAUCGUGGUGGGAGCUGGAAAUGAUCAGCAGUUUGUCACUGUGUGCAAGAUCCUGAAUUUGCCUGAAGUUGCUGAGGAUUCCAGAUACAAAACUAAUAAUCUCAGAGUCCAGAACAGAAAAGAACUUAUUGACAUAUUGUCAACUCGGUUUUCAGAAAAAACAACGAUCAAAUGGUUGCAGCUCUUUGAAGGUAGUGGGGUUCCAUUUGGCCCAAUCAACAAUAUGCAGCAAGUAUUCUCGGAUCCUCAGGUGCUGCACAAUGGACUUGUGAUGGAAAUGAAUCAUCCAACAGCUGGGAGGAUAGCUGUUCCAGGACCAGCUGUCAGAUAUAGUGAAUUUGCUGUGUCACAUCCCAAACCACCUCCACUUGUUGGACAGCACACAGUGGAGAUACUGAAGGGCAUGCUGGGGUACAAGGAUGAUGCCAUAGAAGAACUGCUCCGUACUGGCGCUGUGGCUCAGCAUGAGGUCAGAUAAGGAACAUUAGCUACAUUCCUUCACACUGAGUUCACAUUACUUUGUCCUCUCUUUGCUCCCUUCAGGUCCCCUAAUGGGACUCAAAUAGAAGACAAUUUAAUUCCUAAUUUUCUUCCGUGUGUGUUUGUAUGAUUUUAACACUAGUGUAUCAAAUAAACAAUCUCAUACCGUCUGAGUGAAAGAUUUUCUUGGGUGGGGAGGUAUUGUGUUAACUGCGAUUGUACAGUCCUAUGUGGUUACUCAUUUUCUGUAUUUUGUAUGGGAAAUGGAGUUCUUAUCAUAAUUACAGUAAUUGCCUAAAUGUUUGUCCCCAUAAGGACAUAAUGUUAGUGAGAAGAAGCAGAACCUUAAAAAAUCUGUACUAGACUCUCCACUUGCAGAAGGCUGUCUUAUACAAUUAUUUUAGUAGAAAAUCCAUUAUGUACAAACUGGUGGUUGAUUUUGAACAGAAUCGUCAGUGAUGAACUCUCUGUUCAUCUGUAUUUUAAAUCAUAGUUAGAAUAACCAUUUCUAUACUCACCUCUGUUCUCUGGUAUUUCCAAUUACCAAUAUGUCUUUAUAUUGCAUAGCAUGGUCAUGACAAUCCUAGUAUGUUAGGAGAAAUUAGCUGAAAUUGGCAUAGUCCUUUGGUUAUGAAACAAGCCUAUUCGAAGACUGGUUGAGAGGCAAACUAUCAUUGAAUAAUCUUUUGUAAUUUUAUUCAGAAAGGCCCAAGUUACUGUUAGUUAAACAUCGAUCCACACAAAAUCACGUGCUGAAUGUUAAGUACCAGAACUUGCCAGACUUCUUGAUCUAUUUCUGUAGGUAGUUACUAAUUCCUGUACCUGACUCCAGUUGCCACCCCAAGCACCCUUCACUAUGGAGAAAACACAAGUUAAAAUCUGUGCAAAACUUUUGACUCAGUCCCACCUCCCUAAUUAAAACAUGCUGAGAGUUGACAAACCUUCCUCAAAUUUAGUACUACUGUAUCCUGCAGCAGGGUUGCUCUUAAGAGCAAGGCACCAUGCACUGCGAGAAGGUGGAAGAAUUUGAUCCAUGAUAAAUAGUAAGGGAAAAAUUAAAGAAGAGCCAUUUCUUCUCUGCUAACCAAGUUGGCAGUACUUCGCUCACAGAAGAAAUGCUAUGCUCCUUUGUUGCAGUAUAUAAUAAUUUACAGUUAAAGUAAACUCAGUGUAUGGGAAGAAUCUAAUCUUUGUGUGUGCACCCUGGGAGUGAGGCAAAGCCUUUCUGUUCCUAGAACUAAAUAAAACUAACUCACAUUGACACUCAACACGUAAAAUCCGUAUUUCUUCCAAAGUAUCGGAAACAGGCCUGGCAUUGUAACUGGAUUGUCACUUUGUUUCCACUCUAGCAAACAACAUCCUCUGUAUUACAUUUGAACUUCACAACUCUGCAUUACAUUCUGGGGAAAGAAAAGAGGUUAUUACAUAAUCAAAUU